AUGGACAACAGCUGGCACCCGCUGCACACGUCCCUCUGGGUCUACAACAAGCUGGCGCUCCCCAACAUGAUCUUGACCUGCCUUGGUAAUCGUGUGGAGACGGCACACAGCGUGGAGUCCCGGCCCCCUUUUCUGGACCAGAAGCUGGCCGACGCGGCGCGGCAGUCGCUGAGCGAGAAGUGGACCCUCAAGGAGGCCGGAAAGCCCUUCAUCACGCAGGAGCUAUACGAGCGCCGCAAGCAUCCCUAUACGGCUCCUAUCAAGUGGCCGUGCGGCGGUCCUUUGAACCGCCUCAUGGAAAGGCUCAUCACCAAGGAGAAUGUUGAGAACUUGGGCUUCAUUGACUGGGGGAACACCCGAGGUUGGUUGCAAGCGGCCUUUGGGGACGACGCUGAUUCGAGAUCGUUCAGACGGCUGGUCAUCAUUGGAUCCUGGGUUGUUCUAAGCCAGAGCUUUGGAGUCAAGAGAGCUUCCAAGCAGCACUGGUACAACGGACUGAAAACUUGUAAAUCCUCAUAA